AUGGAUUUCCUUGCUCUGAUGACUCACUUACCUCCCAACCAUUUUCUUGCUCUCCCUCGUCCCGACCAUGGUUUGGCUGUGGUGGGCACGCCAGACACUUCGACCUUGGCCGCACACGAUUUCGAUGUCGACACGCGUACCGGGUUUAUGCCUCCGCAACCACCUCUGACGCGGCUUCCGAAAGAAUGGGAGUCAUGGGAGGCUCUUUUGGACCAUGCCCUGUCGUCCAGGCUUCAGCUUGGCGACAAGCAGGGAGUAUCGGAUCACGACAAAACUCUGUCGGAGGGGUGGAGGAAGAGAGUCCGAGAGCUUCCGGUACUCCCCAUGGCGGGCCUAAAGCGCUCGGAGUUGCUUCUGCGAAGAGCGCACCAUGUUCUCGCGUGGAUCAUGCACUUCUAUGUGCACAGCAUCCCUUCAUCUGUUCCUGACAUCCGCAUCCCGCCACCCGUCUCCGUCCCACUGCUGCAAGUCUCUGACCAGCUGCAGCUGCCCCCGGUUCUUACAUACUCGGACGACGUGCUGUACAAUUGGGCGUACAAGGAGCCACCGGCACCGUCGUUUCCCAUACGCCCGCCUGCGCUGGACAACCUGCGCUGCAACACGCUCUUCACCGGUACCCGCGACGAAGAGGAGUUCUACCUCGCUUCGGCCCGGAUCGAGCUGCGCGGCGUCGAGGCGCUGAGCCUGAUGCGUGCAAUGAUGGACGAGGCGUUCUUGGGCGACGCGACAGCAAUUCUGCGCAUUACAACGUACCUGCGCGGCCUCGCCCGCGUAAUCGACGAGUUGACGACAAUUCUGGCCGCGGUCCGCGACGGUUGCGACCCGCAGGUGUUCUACAACGAGAUCCGCCCGUGGUUCCGCGGCGCCGACUCGGAGCCCUCACGCAAAUGGGUGUUCGAGGGACUUGAGUUUUACCCAGAGCUACAGGAGCCGACGGAGUUGUCGGGCCCCAGCGCAGGCCAGAGCUCGCUUAUCCACUCAUUGGACAUUUUUCUUGGCGUCGACCAGUAUUCGCACACGAAUUUCCUUGCGAAAAAUGUACCAGCAGCUCCACCAGUGGCUACAGCAGAUGGGACCGCAUUCGAGUCGUCCACUGCAGCACCCACUACAACGUUUAGCUCUGUCCCGGGGGUGGUGGGGAUCCCGUUCUUGACGCGGAUGCAGUCGUACAUGCCGCGGCAUCACCGUGCAUUUCUGCGGCAUCUCUCGGCUACUCCGCGACCUCUACGCGUGCUGGUGGAGUCUGCAGGGGAUGCUGCGUUGUUGGAGGCAUAUAACACGGCUGUGUCUGCUCUCAAGGUGUUUCGUGAUGCCCACGUGCGCAUUGUAGCGUUGUACAUUCUUGGACCUUCGAAGCGUGCGGGCGGGGCAAAUAAAGGGCCUGCAAAGGGUACUGGUGGUACGGAUGCAUUUAAAUUUGUGCAGGGAGUGCGAGAUCAGACUGCUGGUGCACUCCUUCGCGUUCCCGCGUCAGAUGUGUAG